AUGAACGAUCAGGUGCUUCAAGACAUCGCCAUGAUGCUUAGUCAGGGCCGAAUCACGGGUCAGGACUGUGAUCAUGACGUUAUCCAUACGACAGUGGAUCCAACUAGCAUCACAGAAGAGCUGGAGGGUGAGGAUGGCUCCUCUACCGAUGGUGAAGAGGAUGAUCCGAAAAAGGGCCGAGGUGGUGCGAUUACCUGGCAUAAACGGAUGACAUCCGAUGACGAAGACUCAGCUGAAAUGUGGAUAGAGAAUAACACCUACGGGAUCAUGAGGUAG